AUGCGCAUCUCGACGCAGAGCCAUCCUGUGUCCCAUCACGCCACAACGCUAGCUCUUCGCAAUCCCAGUUCCCAGUACCAUACACAUGUAAUAGCAUCCUGCCAUACUCCCGCCAAGAACCCCCUUCAUCUUAUCCCGCUCGUCUGCCCGGAAUACCAAGCCUUCCCAUGGCCUGACAAGCCAGGCCAAGCACACCUGCUGUUCCUCAGGCACUCCCUUGUCAAUGCGCAAGCUUUCGGAAACCAGAUGUGCCGAACGAGCGCCAACAGGCGCGGAGUCGCUCCCCCUGCGCACUCGACGUGA